AAACAAACACUCAUUAGUCCUUAAUGCCCCGCACUGCACCGCACGGCAUUGAAGGAUCAAGGAUGAGAUUUGAUUCCUACUAUGCUCUGCUACUGAUACUGCUCGCUUACUUCAAUCUCGCCGCCGGUAAAGAUGGAGUUUGUAUUUCACCGGGUGGUCGUUUUCCUAGAUUUUCCAACGAAGGGAAACCUCCGAGGAAAGUGAACAAAGGGCCAAGAGAUUUGAACCUUUGCAGGGUGUUUCGUGGGAAGACUUGCUGUGAUGUAACUCAGACGCAUCCUACAUUGCUGUCCAUUAGGAGGUUGGCUUCUACAGGGGAAGCGAGCCAAGAGUGCUUGAACUUGUGGGAAAUGUUGGAAUGCUCCAUCUGUGAUCCACACGUUGGUGUCCAACCCGGACCUCCUCUUAUAUGUUCAUCUCUCUGUGAUAGAGUAUACCAAGCCUGCUCUAACGCAUACUUUGCGGUGGAUGCGAAGACACAGGUUCUUGCACCAUGUGGGGUAAAUGACUUUGUUUGUGGUAGGGCCUCAGAGUGGAUCUCUAAUGGCACAGAGCUCUGCCGCGUUGCAGGUUUUUCUGUCAAAUCCUUGUAUGACGAUCCAGAAGAAGUUUCUUGUUAUGGUGGGAAAUCUAAUAUGGAUCACGUAGCUAAAUCAUGGGGAGUGUCUCACUCCAAACACUCCAAGUUUGCUCAAACUGCUCGGAGUUCAAGUGUGCUAGAAGAUUUCAAGCACUGGGUGGAGGACAUGCUUUUCAGUGAAAGAGUGUCUUGGGCAAUAGGUGGAAUGGUUCUCACUGCAGGACUUCUGUUUGUCAGCCAACGCAGAAACCGCAGACAACGCUACAAACAGGCAGCUAUACAACGUGCUGCCAAAAAAUUGAACUCAAGUUCUCCCCGGGUCAGGGAAGCAAGAAGGCAAGUGGAAGAAAAAUAGUGGAUUGUUAUAUUAACGUGUGUUCACAGGUCUAGUUGUAGUUUCUAAAGUUUCUGCUAUCCCCACUGCCUUGUUUUGUGUUUUCGUCUCUAACUGCACACACUCAUAUAUAUAAAGAUUACUCUUUUUUUAGCGAAA